CCGGGACCCGGGGCGGCGGGCGGCGUGGGCGGCGCCCGGGGCUGGGAUGCGCCGGGGACUCCGUGGCGGCGGCGUCGGUGGCGGCGUGGGCGGCUGCGGGCGGACGAGGUAGCGCCGCGGCGCGGGGAGCCAGACGAGCCCGGCCGGCGAGCGGAGGCGGCGGCGGCGCAGGCACAGCGGCGGCCGCAGCCGGAGCCCGAGCGCCGCGCGCCCACCAUGGCCGCCCAGGGCGAGCCCGGCUACCUGGCGGCGCAGUCGGACCCGGGCUCCAACAGCGAGCGCAGCACCGACUCGCCCCUGCCUGGCUCCGAGGACGACCUUGUCGCCGGGGCGCCCCUGCACAGCCCGGAGUGGAGCGAGGAGCGCUUCCGCGUGGACAGGAAGAAACUUGAGGCCAUGUUACAAGCUGCUGCCGAAGGAAAAGGCAAAAGUGGGGAAGACUUUUUUCAAAAGAUCAUGGAGGAAACAAAUACACAGAUUGCUUGGCCAUCAAAGCUGAAGAUUGGAGCCAAAUCCAAGAAAGAUCCCCAUAUUAAGGUUUCUGGAAAGAAAGAAGAUGUUAAGGAAGCCAAGGAAAUGAUCAUGUCUGUCUUAGACACAAAAAGCAAUCGGGUCACCUUGAAGAUGGACGUUUCGCAUACAGAACAUUCCCAUGUAAUCGGCAAAGGUGGCAACAACAUUAAAAAGGUGAUGGAAGAAACAGGAUGCCACAUCCACUUUCCAGAUUCCAACAGGAAUAACCAAGCAGAAAAAAGCAACCAGGUUUCCAUAGCAGGACAGCCGGCAGGAGUCGAGUCUGCCCGAGUGAGAAUUCGGGAGCUGCUUCCUUUGGUGCUGAUGUUUGAGCUGCCGAUUGCUGGAAUUCUUCAGCCAGUUCCCGAUCCUAAUUCCCCCUCCAUCCAGCACAUAUCGCAAACAUACAAUAUUUCAGUGUCCUUUAAACAGCGCUCCCGAAUGUAUGGUGCUACUGUCAUAGUCCGAGGGUCUCAGAAUAACACUAGCGCUGUGAAGGAAGGAACUGCCAUGCUGUUGGAACAUCUUGCCGGGAGCUUGGCGUCUGCUAUUCCUGUGAGCACACAGCUCGAUAUCGCAGCUCAGCAUCAUCUCUUCAUGAUGGGUCGAAAUGGAAGCAACAUCAAACAUAUCAUGCAGAGAACGGGUGCUCAGAUCCACUUUCCCGACCCCAGUAAUCCACAAAAGAAAUCCACCGUCUACCUCCAGGGCACCAUUGAGUCUGUCUGUCUUGCAAGGCAAUAUCUCAUGGGUUGUCUUCCUCUUGUGCUGAUGUUUGAUAUGAAGGAAGAAGUUGAAGUGGACCCACAGUUUAUUGCUCAGUUGAUGGAGCAGCUGGAUGUCUUCGUUAGUGUUAAACCGAAGCCGAAACAGCCGAGCAAGUCUGUGAUUGUGAAAAGUGUUGAACGAAAUGCCUUAAAUAUGUAUGAAGCAAGGAAAUGUCUCCUCGGACUUGAAAGCAGUGGGGUUACCAUAGCAACCAGUCCGUCCCCAGCAUCGUGCCCCGCCGGCCUGGCCUGUCCCAGCCUGGGUAUCUUAGCCUCGGCAGGCCUCGGACUCACUGGACUAGGUCUCCUGGGCCCCACCACCUUAUCUCUAAACACUUCGACAACCCCGAACUCACUCUUGAAUGCGCUUAAUAGCUCCGUCAGUCCUUUGCAAAGUCCAAGUUCUGGCACCCCCAGCCCCACGUUGUGGGCACCCCCACUUGCUAAUACUUCAAGUGCCACAGGCUUUUCUGCCGUACCACACCUUAUGAUUCCAUCUACUGCCCAAGCCACGUUAACCAAUAUCCUAUUGUCUGGAGUGCCCGCCUAUGGGCACACAGCCCCCUCCCCCCCUCCCGGCUUGACUCCUGUCGACGUGCACAUCAGCAGUAUGCAGACAGAAGGCAAAAAAAUCUCUGCUGCUUUAAAUGGACACGCGCAGCCUCCGAACAUAAAAUACGGUGUAAUAUCCACUUCAUCGCUUGGAGAGAAAGUGCUGAGUGCGAAUCAUGGUGACCCCUCCAGACAGACAAGUGGAUCGGAGCAGGUGUCUCCCAAACCAAAUCCUGCCGAAGGCGGUAACGAUGCUUUUGUGGAAGUAGGCAUGCCGCGGAGUCCUUCCCACUCGGGGAACGCGGGCGACCUGAAGCAGAUGAUGGGUCCCACCACGGUCUCCUGUGCCAAGAGGCAGACGGUGGAGCUCUUGCGCGGCACGAAGAACUCCCACUUACACAGCACUGACCGGCUGCUCUCAGACCCAGAACUGAGCACUGCAGAGAGCCCUCUGGCUGACAAGAAGGCUCCAGGGAGCGAGCGAGCUGCAGAGAGGGCCGCAGCCGCCCAGCAGAACUCUGAAAGGGCUCGCCUGGCCUCCAGGCCAUCAUAUGUCAACAUGCAGGCAUUUGACUAUGAACAAAAGAAGCUAUUAGCAACCAAAGCUAUGUUAAAGAAACCAGUGGUGACGGAGGUCAGAACACCAACAAACACCUGGAGCGGCCUCGGGUUUUCCAAGUCCAUGCCGGCCGAGACCAUCAAGGAGCUGAGAAGGGCCAACCACGUGUCCUAUAAGCCCACAAUGACAACCACUUUUGAGGGCUCAUCAGUGUCCCUCUCGAGGUCCAACAGCCGUGAGCACUUGGGAAGCGGAAGCGAAUCUGAUAACUGGAGAGACCGAAAUGGAAUAGGACCUGCCAGCCAUAAUGAAUUUGCAGCUUCUAUUGGCAGCCCCAAGCGUAAACAAAACAAAUCAACGGAACACUAUCUCAGCAGCAGCAAUUACAUGGACUGCAUUUCCUCGCUGACAGGAAGCAAUGGCUGUAACCUAAACAGCUCUUUCAAAGGCUCUGACCUCCCUGAGCUCUUCAGCAAACUGGGUCUGGGCAAAUACACAGACGUCUUCCAGCAGCAAGAGAUCGAUCUUCAGACAUUCCUCACUCUCACAGAUCAGGAUCUGAAGGAGCUGGGAAUUACGACUUUUGGUGCCAGGAGGAAAAUGCUGCUUGCAAUCUCAGAACUCAAUAAAAACCGGAGAAAGCUUUUCGAACCGCCAAAUGCACGCACCUCUUUCCUGGAAGGUGGAGCCAGCGGGAGGCUGCCCCGUCAGUACCACUCGGACAUUGCGAGUGUCAGUGGCCGCUGGUAGCAGUGCCCCCCCCCCCCCCGGGACCCCCGCCAACUUUCAUCAACGUGGAGACAGGAGAUCUGUGAGCGGCCAUCACUGCACCCGUCCGUAGUACUCUGGUGACUGGUAUCAGGACCAAAGCAUCUUAUUCACACCUGAAUUUUGUGCCAAAAAGGAAGAAAAGAGAGAAGAUAUUCUUAGGUCAUCAUUCAGAACACCACAUGCAGAUUGCUUUUUUAAAAAAUGGUAAUUGGACAGAAUUUGCAAUAUGAGGGUAGGGCUUUAUUUCCUGUUUUUAUUUACCUAUAUAACAUAUGCACUGAUUUUUUUUUUUUUUUUUUUUUUUUUUACUUAAAAUGAAGGAUGAUUUGACAUCUGGGAUGCCAGAAAACAUUGAAGUUAUUGUUUGCUUGGUGGUUUGUUUUUUUUUGGUAUUUGGGGAUUUUAAAAAAAUAAUCAAAAGUGGAAUUUUCUGGUACUGCUCUAAAAUAAGUAUUGAGGUCUUUCAGCACUUUACACUUUCUAAUUUCUUGUCCUGUGGAAAUGCUCUCAUUUUUAUGUCACCUGAUGAAAUGGUACAAAUCAGAUUUAGUCACAUUUUUCUGACUGCGUUAAAUUUUUAUUUGAAAUGGUACUGGAUUAUUAGUUUCUGUGCAGAGUAUCCUGUGACUUUGGGAAAUGUAAGUGACUCCACUUGAUUCUGGACCAGCUCUGUUCAUUUAUGUCAGCAUCCUAGAAGCAGUGAGCAGUGAACCUCGUUCACUGUAACAGGUGCAAAGAAAGACCAAACGGACUUUGCAAUAUUAACCCUUUGCAGUUAUCAUAUUUAGCUGCUGCCUAUAUUGCUAAAAUGAUGUUAAUGGUUGUACUAAAGGCAAAGGGCUAUUUUUAGUAUACUGCCACUAAAGGAUACUUAUUUAUAUCAAACUUUUUAUUUUUAGAUAUUAUAAGCAUACCGUACAUAACUGAUGAAAUUGAUAUCUACUAGAGAUUUAUGGUAGAGCAUGGACGGCAUUCAACAACUGGAGCCCUAGAUUGUCACUUUAUUUAAAAAAGACAAAUAAUCAUCUGACAAGACAGCACUGUUGCCAUUAGGAAGAGAGAUAGAUUCCUGUUCUUAUCAUGUACACAUUAGCUGCACUCCGUGUGGUCAGAGGACUCUCCUUAAGCCACAUGUGUCUGCUUGCAGUAGGCUUAUGUAUGUUGAGAACAGAAAGGCUUUAUUUAAGUCUCCAGUGACAGUUUGUAAAGACAGUGGAGUUCCAAAGGAGGGGCAAAAAUGUCUGUUUUCUAAGUGGCCAGACUCAUUGUUACAAUCAUAUACUGUGAAAGUCCAAGAAAUCAGGCAACGUUGUUUCCUAGGUCUUUUCAGACAUCUUAUUGUGGAUUUAUGAAGGGUUUUCAAUUCAUGAAGAAAAUCACUAAGUGCCUCCCUUUCUUCAAAGCAAUAUUAUUUCCAAGUGUAUUAAUUUGUUGAAAAACUUUCCCAUAGGAAAUGUUGUGAAUUACCUGUACUGUAAUGACUUAUUUAUGUUCAUUACUCAAGAUUUUCUACAUGGACAUAAACCACUAUUGCAUGCUGUUAAGCAGACGGCAUUAGAUUACAUAACAAUUGGGGACUUUCAUACAAAUGCAGAUUCGCAAACACUUGCCUGGCAUUUUUCCAUGCCUAAGUCUUACCAUGAAAGAAUAAGAAUUGAAGAGAAAUUUUGCACACAGAAAUAUUUUCACUUUAAAAAAAUUGUAUUGGUUACUUUGAAGGCAUAGAUGAUGGACCUGUCAUAAAAUUAUCAAUGAUCGCAGCACUAAAGGGAUGCUCAUUUCUAAACUAAAUUGCUCCCUUGGCAAGUACAGGUCACAUGGACCUCCCUAUCUUAUGUGGCUGUACAAACACAUCAUGCUACACAUUCAGCACAAGAAUUCCAGAUUUCCUGUUCAACAACUUGGUGCUCUAAAUUUUAUCAUUUUCUUUAAUGAGACUUUCCCGAUUACAAAGCAUUUGGAGCUCUUUUCCCAGCCCUCUAUGAUGCAUUUGCAACACGAGGAGGAUGGGAUGAAUGUGCAGUAUUAAGCUGAUGGAGGUUUUAUGAACAGUGCUUUACGCCAAAGGGAAAACUGUCCCAAUUAAACUAGAUUAAAUAGGGUGGUUAAAAAUAAAUAAAAAACACUGGAAAUUACUUUUCUCACUUUCUCUUAUGCAAGGAAGGUAAUAUGACACUACAGUACAUGGUGUUGUCAGUGUUAUAUGAUGCACAAAAUAUUUGGAUUAUUUGAAUAAAUGGUAAUUUUUAAUCAAUCUGUGCCUUAAUAGUGACCAAUUAUCUGUAAAUAUAGAACAAAUACAGAUUGUAUUUUUUGUGUGGGUUUUUGUCCUUUUAGUGAUUUUUUAAAAUGAGAGAUGGAAUUAAACAUUGAAAAUGGGAAUUUUCUAAUCAAUUGUUAUAUGAAAAAAUAAAUUUAUAUAACCCCUUUGUAUUGCCCUUGCUAGAUAAAAUGCCUUUUUUAAAAAAAAAUA